UUUCGAGUUUACAGGAAAAACACGUCAAAGACGAAAACUAAGGGGGUUGUUUGUUUGUGGUGUUAAUCGCCCCACCACAGUUAAAGAGCAGCUCCCCUGAGUUGUUAUGUGGGAUCAUCCCGGACUCUCUGAAGCGGUGCUAGUGUCACGUUCCCAUCGGAGAAGCGGCCGUUACAAGACAAACGGGAGCGGCUGGUGAGUACAGCAAGCGCACCUAUACGUUUGACGACGUCACGUGUUGUGGGUAUUUUCCGCGGGUUCUGAUGGCUGACCACCCACCUGAAGCUCUGAUCACUUACAGUCUGUGAGAGAUGCCACCAAAGAAAAGAGCCAGAGUGAGUAAGAGGGCUGCUAACUCAGGCAAAGAUGACGGGAGUGAAGCAGUCUCUUCUGCAAAAGUGACAGCCGGCGGUAAAAGGAAAGCGACGGGGGCAACUAAGGAGAGCUCGGAAUCAGCUGAUCCUCCACAGUACAGUCGCUGGCUGAUGAAGUCGGAGCCGGAGAGCCGCUUUGAGAACGGCAUCGACGUGAAGUUCGGGAUCGAGGAUCUGAAGGCUCUGCCUGAUCAGACGGGCUGCUGGGACGGCGUCUGCAAUUAUCAGGCGCGCAACUUCAUGAGAGUGAUGAAAGAAGGGCAGUUGGCUUUCUUUUACCACAGCAACUGCAAGGAACCGGGUGUAGCAGGAGUCAUGAAAAUUGUGAAGGAAGCGUACGUGGACCACACUCAGUUCGAUAAGAAGGAUGUCCAUUUCGAUCCGAGCAGUAAACCAGACAACCCUAAGUGGAGCAUGGUGGAUGUGCAGUAUCAGAGGAUGCUGAAGCGUUUUAUUCCUUUGUCCGAGCUGAAAAAGUACCACCUGCAGCAUCGCUCCAAAGGAGGGCCUCUGAAGGACAUGGCCCUUUUCACGAGGGCCAGACUGUCUGUGCAACCGUUAACAGAUGAGGAGUUUGACUUUGUCCUCAGUUUGGAGGAUAAAGAGCCUUUGUGAGGACUGUGGAGCAGCUGAUGCUUGUUGACACAGUGAAAUCAAGAAGCAGCAGCCUCCUUUACAGUGCUGGAGUGUUCUCUUGUUCUUAAGUAUUAAUAAAUGUAUUUUUGGUAAGUCAU